AUGUCCGAGAACCUUUCGAUUGUUCGAAGCAGACUCAAUCGUCCUCUGACCUACUCCGAAAAGGUCCUCUACUCACACUUGGACGAUCCGCAUGGUCAAGAUAUCGAACGAGGUGUUUCGUACCUCAAAUUGAGACCCGACCGAGUGGCAUGCCAGGAUGCCACUGCGCAGAUGGCCAUCCUCCAAUUCAUGUCGGCCGGUAUGCCUUCCGUCGCCACACCGACCACCGUCCACUGCGAUCACUUGAUCGAGGCGCAAGUCGGUGGAGACAAGGAUUUGGAUAGAGCGAAGGAUAUCAACAAGGAAGUUUACGAUUUCUUGUCCACGGCUUGUGCCAAAUACAAUAUUGGUUUCUGGCGGCCGGGUUCUGGUAUCAUUCACCAGAUCAUCCUUGAGAAUUAUGCCUUCCCUGGUGGUUUGAUGAUUGGAACUGACUCCCACACACCCAAUGCUGGUGGUCUUGGUAUGGCGGCUAUCGGUGUUGGUGGUGCCGAUGCCGUCGAUGUGAUGGCAAACUUGCCUUGGGAAUUGAAAGCUCCCAAGGUUAUUGGAGUCAAGUUGACUGGUGAAAUGUCUGGAUGGACUGCUCCAAAAGAUGUCAUCCUCAAGGUUGCUGGUAUUCUGACUGUCAAGGGUGGUACCGGAGCGAUUGUUGAAUACCACGGACCUGGUGUCAAUUCCUUGUCUUGCACUGGUAUGGGUACGAUUUGCAACAUGGGUGCUGAAAUUGGCGCCACCACUUCCAUCUUCCCGUUCAACGACCGCAUGUACGACUACCUAGUCGCGACCAAGCGAAAAGAAAUUGGAGAUUUCGCGCGCAGCUACGCGGCCGAGCUCAAGGAGGACGAGGGCGCCGAGUACGACCAAUUGAUCGAGAUCAACUUGUCCGAAUUGGAACCUCACAUCAACGGACCAUUCACCCCCGAUUUGGCCACUCCAAUUUCCCAUUUCAAAGAUGCCGUCAAGGAGAACAAAUGGCCCGAGGAGCUGAAGGUUGGAUUAAUUGGGUCUUGCACGAACUCAUCAUAUGAGGACAUGUCUCGCGCUGCUUCCAUCGCUCAAGAUGCGAUGGAUCACGGAAUUAAGGCCAAGUCAUUGUUCACGGUGACUCCUGGCUCUGAGCAAAUUCGUGCUACCAUUGAGCGAGACGGUCAACUCAAGACAUUGGAGGAAUUUGGAGGCAUUAUCCUUGCCAAUGCCUGCGGUCCUUGCAUUGGUCAAUGGGAUCGCCGAGAUGUAAAGAAGGGAGAGCCCAACUCCAUCAUUUCCUCUUACAACCGAAACUUCACCGGCCGAAAUGAUGCCAACCCGGCCACACACUCCUUCGUCACCUCUCCGGAUUUGGUCGUGGCCAUGACUAUUGCUGGCGAUCUCAAAUUCAAUCCUCUGGCCGACACCCUGAAGGAUAAGGAUGGCAACGAGUUCAAACUCAAGCCACCCAGUGGUGAUGGUUUGCCUCGAAAUGGGUAUGACCCCGGCCGUGAUACCUAUCAAGCCCCGCCGGAGGAACGUGCUCAAGUGGAGGUGAAGGUAUCUCCUACCUCGGACCGUCUUCAGGUUUUGCAACCUUUUGAUCCUUGGGACGGAAAGGAUCAACUUGACCUUCCGAUCCUGAUCAAGGCCAGGGGCAAGACCACCACCGAUCAUAUCUCCAUGGCCGGUCCUUGGCUGAAGUACCGUGGUCAUCUGGACAACAUCUCCAACAACAUGUUGAUUGGCGCCGUCAACGCCGCCAACGGUGAGGCCAACAAGGUGAAGAAUUUCAAGACCGGUGAAUGGGAUGCUGUUCCAGCCACCGCCCGUCAAUACAAGAAGGAUGGGAUCAAAUGGGUUGUCAUUGGUGACUGGAACUAUGGUGAGGGAUCAUCUCGAGAACAUGCCGCUCUCGAACCAAGACAUCUUGGUGGUAUUGCUAUCAUUACUCGAAGCUUUGCUCGUAUUCACGAGACCAACUUGAAGAAGCAAGGCAUGCUGCCAUUGACUUUCUCCAACCCCGAGGAUUAUGACAAGAUCAAUCCCGAUGACAAGGUUGAUUUGUUGUGCACGGGAUUGGAACCUGGCAAACCAAUGAUCAUGAGAGUGCAUCCCAAGGAAGGGCCGGCGUGGGAUUGCGAACUGCUACACACUUUCAACGCUGGUCAGAUUGAGUGGUUCAAGAAUGGCAGUGCCUUGAACACCAUGGCUAAGAUGCACACCAGUUAA